ACAACAUCAACAACAAGAAGAAGCAACAACAAGAAGAAGUAAGUAGAUCAUGGGGUGUAUCUCCUCCAAGCUCUUAGCCACCACUGAUCUUGACAACGGCUUCCUCUUCGGCGAUCGCCGCACCUCCGGCGAGGCCCCAAACCACAUCGUUUCCCUCACUUCCACCACUUAUGGUGUCUUGAAUCUAGAUGAACCCAAAUCCAAAGAACAAGACAAGGAAACCAAACCAUGGAGGAAAUCUCCUCCAACUCCACUUAUCAUCCCUUCUCAUUUCAAGAACAAAGUCACUUGUGAAGAAGAGCAACCAGAGAUCAUCAAUGUGAGGGAUCUCAUGGAGGAUUUGGAUGAUGGCACACCCUUUUGGACUCCAUUGAAGAGGCUUGAUAGAACUAUGACUCCUAAACAACGUAUGCCCACUCCUGGAACCAUCCCGUCGCCGAGGAAGAACAGGAGGAGGUUGUUCUCCGGCAAGGAGAACAACAAGGAGAACAACAACUCACCCAAACCAGAAAGGUCAGUUCUUGAUCCAAAUAGAGUUGUUUUAAAACCAUUUAAUUCUUCAGAAAAGGUAAAGAAGUGGAUAGGCCCAAUCCCAUCCAUUCAUAGCAAGAGCACUCCAGUUGAUGCUAAAGUUCAGAAAUUGAAAGAAAGUUCAGGGAGUUGUAGCUCAAGAAGAAGUUUAAGCCCUUUUUUUGAUCCAGAACUUGUGGAUUCAUUUGAGAGGGAGUUAUGUGAAGAAGGAGAGCAGAUAAAGAAGAUGGUAAACCCCCAUCCAAGAAUAAAGAAAGCUCGAGAUUCUUCGGCUUUGUUGCUUGAGUCUUUUGAAGAGAAGUGCCCUCCAGGAGGUGCCAAUGCUGUUGUUCUUUAUACAACAACUCUGAGAGGGAUUCGGAAAACUUUCGAGGAUUGUAAUGCCGUUCGAUCUGCGAUUGAGAUCAAUGAAGUGCAGGUGAUUGAGAGGGAUAUAUCAAUGGACUCUGGGUAUAGAGAGGAACUAAGAGAGUUGAUGGGGAGGAAGGAAGUGAAAGUUCCAAUGGUGUUUGUGAAGGGGAAGCUGAUUGGUGGUGCUGAUGAGGUGUUGAGGCUAGAAGAGGAAGGGAAACUGAGGUUGUUGUUGGAUGGAAUACCGAAAGCCGAAUUAUGGUGUGAAGGGUGUGGAGGAAUGAGGUUUGUGAUGUGCAUGGAGUGCAGUGGGAGUUGCAAAGUGUUGGAUGAGGAGCAGAAGAAGAUGGUUAAAUGUGGACAAUGCAAUGAGAAUGGUUUGAUACAUUGCCCCAUUUGCUGUUGAUCUCUUGUGGAUUAUAUACACUACUUCACUUCUUGUCUGAUUAUUUGAUGUUUAUUUCCACAGUUUUUGUUUUCUUUUUUUUUAUGUUGGAUGAUAUCUCAGACUGAUACACUGCUAGUUAUCAAAGAGAUUUGUGACUAUCUCUCCCUCUCUGUUUGAUGAGAAAUACAGAGGGUUGUGUACUCUGAAAUUGCUGUGAAAUUUUAUUUAAUUUGUAUUUCAA